AUGUUGGGCCUCAAAGCACGCAUGGCGAUCAUCGACAACUCGGGCGGUCUGAUCGCCGAAUGUGUCAACGUGCUGCGAAACAAGACCACCCAGGGUCUCGGUCGUGUCGGUGACGAGAUUGUAGUGGUGGUACAAAAAGCACGACCGAUCUCCAACACUCCGGGACAGGCUACGACGCAAAAGGUGCGCAGGGGCGAUGUGCGACACGCGGUGAUCGUGCGUACCAAGAAGGAGAUGACUCGUCCGGACGGACGCGUGAUCCGCUUCGACGACAACGCAUGCGUGCUGCUCAACAACAAGAAGGAGCCGCUGGGAACAAGAGUCAACGGCGUCGUUGCGAACGAGCUGCGUGCAGCUGGUUGGGGCAAGAUCGCAAGUCUCGCACCCAAAGUCAUCUAA